AUGUCCCCAGCUAUGGACACUACAGCAGGCGCCAAUGGGCCACAGUCUCCGGGAGAGUCCCCGGCUCUGGAACCCAUUGCGAUUAUUGGAUACUCCUGCCGACUUCCUGGUCAGGUCUCUUCCCCAAGUGAUCUAUGGGAACUAUGCACAAGAGGGCGAAGCGGCUGGUGCCCCAUCCCCAAGGAACGGUGGUCACCAGAAGCCUACCACCACCCGAACCCUUCGAAAGCAGGCACCUCCAAUCAAACAGGUGGCUACUUCGUUGGUGAUGUUUCACGAUUUGACGCACCUUUCUUCAACGUCAGUGCCCAGGAGGCCGUUGCCAUGGACCCACAACACCGCUUCUUGCUGGAAUGUGCAUAUGAAGCAAUGGAGAGCGCCGGUAUUCCCAGAGAAUAUAUGGCCGGACGUAGUGUCGGUGUUUUUAUGGGAGGAAACUUUGCAGAUUACGAGUCUAACAACAUGCGCGAUACUGAGACGACUCCCAUGUUUCAAGCCACGGGGUGUGCCCCUGGUCUUAAGGCUAACCGAAUUUCAUAUAUGUUCGACCUAAAGGGCCCCAGUUUGACAGUGGAUACGGCCUGUUCGUCUUCUCUCGUUGCCUUGCACACUGCUGUGCAGAGUCUGAGGAACGGAGAAUCCACCGAGGCCCUUGUGGGUGGUUGCCACUUGCUUUUGAACCCUGAAAACUCCAUUUCCAUGUCUAUGCAGCAAUUGCUCAGCGAAGAGGGAAGAACAUACGCGUUUGAAGAGAGAGGAAAAUCCGGAUUUGCCCGUGGCGAGGGCGCCGGUGUAAUUAUGCUCAAGACUCUCUCUGCUGCGAUCCGCGAUCGCGAUCCCAUCCGUGCUGUGGUUACUCAUUCUGGUGUAAACCAAGAUGGAAGAACUAAGGGAAUUACCCUACCAAAUGGCCAGUCCCAAGAGGAUUUAAUCCGCCGGGUGUAUAAGGAAGCGAACUUGAACCCAGCAGACUGUGGCUACGUCGAAGCCCACGGCACAGGUACCGCGGCCGGAGACCCCAUCGAGGCAACUGCUAUUCAUGCAGUACUUGGAGAGAACCGAAACGCGAGAAACCCGCUUUAUAUAGGAUCAGUCAAGACCAAUGUUGGCCACCUGGAAGGUGCCAGUGGUAUUGUUUCUGUCAUCAAGUCCGCCAUGAUGCUCGAUAGUGGGCUUCUACUCCCCAAUGCCGAAUACAAGAAGCCCAACCCCAAGAUCCCGUUAGCCGAGUGGAACAUGAAGGUCGUGAACUCGACGCGCCCGUGGCCCCGUGGCAAGAAAUAUAUCAGUAUUUCCAACUACGGCUUCGGUGGUACAAACGCGCAUGCUGUAUUGCAAAAGGGUCCUUCGCAGACGGCACCAGAAGAGACCUUGAAGGAAAAAGAAGGCAAGCGCCGUCUGAUUUUGAUCUCAGCAAAUGACCGAGAAGCUCUUCGCCAGAGAAGCCGUGACUACGGUAUCUACUUCGAGCAACGUCCCGAGGUCUUUGAAAACACCUUGUUUAGCAACUUCGCCUAUACAGUUGGAAGCAAAUUGUCUCACCUUCCAUUCCGUAUCGCUCUGUCCGCUACGUCCCUCAACGAUGCUGGUGUUCAACUUGCGCAGAUGAAGAUCAACCCAGCCCGUGUGGUCGGAGGUGACGGUCCUUCGGUCGCAUUUGUUUUCACUGGACAGGGAGCCCAGUGGGCUCAGAUGGGUAUGCCUCUGAUGGAUGAAUACCCUAUCUUUGCCUCUGCCGUCGAGCGCGCCGACAAAUGCCUGUCACAGGACUUGGGUGCUGACUUCUCACUUCUCGAGGAGCUGCAGAAGGAUGCGGAAAGCUCCCGGAUCAACACGCCUUACCUGAGUCAACCGGCAUGCACUGCUCUGCAGGUUGCCCUUGUUGACUUGCUUCGCUCCUGGGGUAUCCGUCCGAGCUCGGUCGUUGGUCACAGUUCCGGUGAAAUCGGCGCCGCGUACGCUGCUGGCAUUUUCGACCUCGAGGGUGCCAUGACCCUUGCGUACCGCCGUGGUCAAAUGACCGAGUUGUUGAAGAGCACCUACCCCGACCUCAAGGGUACUAUGAUGGCCGUUGGCUCCAGUGUGGAAGACAUUAAGCCGAUGCUGAAGACCCUCUCCGCUGGAUACGCUACUGUGGCCUGUGUCAACAGCCCUUCCAGUGUCACCAUCUCUGGUGAUGUCCCGGCUAUUGAGGAGCUGCAACUCAUUCUCGAAGAGAAGAAGAUCUUCAACCGUAAGCUCAUGAUUGACGUCGCUUACCAUUCCGACCACAUGAAGAACGUCAGUGAGGCGUACUUGUCCGCCAUUGAGUCAGUACAACCAUCGGACACUGCCACUGCUACCUUCUUCUCUUCUGUGACCGGUGGAAUUGGCCAGGCGACCGACCUUGGCCCGAGCUACUGGGUGCAGAACUUGACCUCGUCGGUGCUUUUCGCCAACGCCCUCAGCAAGAUGUGUGGCGCCGAGGACAAGCCCAACCUACUCAUUGAAGUUGGACCUCAUUCUGCGCUCAAGGGUCCCAUUCUUGACACCCUGAAAACACUUGGCACAUCGGUCGCUUCCAAGGUCGGCUAUGCUCCAACAGUUCUCCGGAAAGCCGACCCCUCCCAGUCUGUCCAAGACGCUGCCGGUGCCGUGUACGUGCGUGGUGGAACCCUUAAUGUCAACGAGAUCAAUUUCCCUCGCACGGGUACAGCUUCUCGCACCUUCCUGCGCGAUCUGCCGAGGUACCCCUGGCAGCACGAGACGGAGUUCUGGCACACAUCCCGUAUCACUGAGAAGCACAGAUUCCGAGAUGGAAUCCGAAACGACGUUCUGGGUGCCGAGGCAUUCUACUCCAAUGACUUGGAACCUACAUGGAGAAACAUUGUUCGGCUCGACGAUAUUCCUUGGCUCCGUGACCACAAGAUGCAGGGAAUGAGCGUGUACCCCAUUGCUGGUUAUCUGGCUAUGGCAAUUGAGGCCGCUCGGAGACGCUCAGAGAAGUACGGCACCGUUGCCGCGAACUCGCAGUUCGAAUUCCGCGAAGUGAGCGUGGGUGCCGCCCUUGUCUUGACUGAUGACGUGGAUGCCGAGACUACCAUCACCCUCAAGCCUUACACUGAGGGCACUCGUGGUACCUCAGAUGCCUGGGAUGAAUUCCGUAUUUGCUCUUGGAACACCAAGCGGUCUUGGACAGAGCACUGCACGGGUCUGGUCCGAACUCGCGCCAACAACAAGAACAAGAAGCAGAACUCUGUGGUCAACUCUGUCGAGUUCGAGGAGAAGGUAUUCAGAAAGAAAAUCACCGAGGUGAAGGGUGCUGCUACUUACAAGAUUGACACCGAUAAUCUGUACAAGGUGCUCGCAGAGGUCGGCGCUGGCUAUGGGACUCCCUUCCAGGGUCUUGAGAACUGCUUCUCUGACCCUCAUCACUCGCGUGCUGAUCUGUACGUUCGCGAUACCAAAUCGGUUAUGCCUAAGAACUUCGAAGCUCCCUUGACCAUCCACCCUACCUUUUUGGAUGCUCUGCUGCACCUUGUGUGGCCUAUUCUUGGAAAGGGUCGUAUGGAGCUCGACACUCUUUACAUGCCAACCAUGAUCAAGAACCUUGUCAUCAAUGGAAACAUUCCUUCCACCCCCGGUGACCACUUCCGUGCCUGGUGUAUCGGAGGUUCUGACUUGGCCAAGCCAGAACCCACCAAGUUCGACUUGUGGGUGACACCCACGAACUCUAGUGAGGUCUUGAUCAACAUGGAGGGUCUGACCAUGACUCCUAUCAACGACGCUGGAGGUGCUGACAAUGGUACCCGUGACCUUUGCUAUAAGCUCGAGUGGAGGUCCUUGGCUGAGAUUGAAAGUGCGGCUGCCGAGGAGGCUGCUGAGGCUAAGGAAACCAAUGGCCAUGCCAAUGGACACGCCAAUGGACAUGCCAACGGACACGCCAAUGGACAUGCCAACGGCCACACUAAUGGCCACACCAACGGAGUCAACGGCCACCACGAUGAGUCCAAGGAUGAACUUCUGAUCGCCCAAUUUGGCAAGUCUGAAGUUGCUGCUGAGCGCCUGAAUGAGGCUAUCUCCAAGGAAGCCAUUCGCUGGUCGACCUCCAUCUCGUCGCUGAGUGAGAUCGAUGCCAACCAGAAGCGCGAGCAUGUUAUUAUCCUCCACACUGCAGCCAAGACCUUGCGUGACCUUACAGAGUCAGACUUUGCCAACAUCCAGAAGACUCUUCUCAACUCUACCAACGUCAUUUGGGUCUACCGCAACGACACUCCCGACUCUCAGAUGAUCGUUGGUCUCACUCGCAGCUUACGCUCCGAAACCCUUGCCAAGGUUGCCACCCUUGGACUCAGCGCCGAGGAUGUGAAGAAGCCAGCUGGGCCUGUCUUGGCUGCCAUGAAGGCCUUAUGGCCAGCUGACCCAUCUGCCGAGCCUUGCAAGGACUUCGAGUUCAAGACCGAGAAUGGCGAACUCUUUGUCCCUCGUGUCACGAAUGACGUCGCUCUCAAUUCCUUCGUGAAGAAUGAGACUAGUGCCGAUGCCACUCUUUCAUCUCAGCCAUUUGUUCAGCCCGGUCGCCGCUUCCACCUUGAGAUUGGCAGCUACGGUGCCCUCGAUACUCUGUACUUUGCAGACGACGAAGUCGAACCGCUGGCUGAUGAUGAAAUCGAAAUCGAAGUCAAGGCCACCGGUCUGAACUUCAAGGACAUUGUCGUGACUAUGGGACAACUUGCUCAGCCUUACAUCGGUAUUGAGUGCAGUGGUAUUGUCUCUUCCAUUGGCAAGAAGGUCACCAACUUGAAGGUUGGCCAGCGAGUCAUGGCUCUGCCCCUGGGUGGUUACUCUACAUUCGCACGCUGCAAGGGAACCAGUGCGACCCCCAUCCCCGAAAACAUCUCGCUCGAGGUUGCUGCCACUGUGCCCGUUGUCUUCUGCACCGCAUACUAUGCCCUCUAUGAGCUUGGUCGCCUGAAGAAUGGAACCGGAGAGAAGGUUUUGAUCCACGCCGCCGCUGGUGGUGUCGGUCAGGCCGCGAUCAUGCUUGCACAGAUGGCCGAGGCCGAUAUUUACGUGACUGUUGGAAGCGCAGAGAAGAAGGAGUUCCUCAUCACGCAGUACGGUAUCCGCGAGGACCACAUCUUCUACAGUCGCGAUGCUUCCUUCGGUCGCAGCCUUCGCGAAGUCACUGGCGGUGUCGAUAUCGUUCUCAACUCCCUCGCAGGUGAUCUGCUCCGCGAAACCUGGGAAUGUCUUGCACCCUUCGGAAGAUUCAUUGAAAUUGGUAAAGCGGAUAUUACCAAGAACACCCGUCUGGACAUGCUGCCUUUCGAGUACAAUGUCUCAUUCCACUCUGUCGAUCUUACCAAGAUCGCGGCCUACAGGCCUUGGUUGAUGAAGCAGUUGCUGGACAACGUUUCCUCCCUCAUGGCUCACGGCUUCAUCCACUCCAUCUUCCCUCUCUCGUCUUACCCCAUUUCUGAGAUUGAGACCGCUUUCCGUGCCUUGCAGACCGGAAAGUCGAUGGGUAAGAUCGUGGUCAUUCCUCAAGAGGGCGAUCAUGUCAACGCAGUCGUCGCCAAGACUGGCUCUAACAUCCUCAAGGCCGACGCCACCUAUAUUUUGAUUGGAGGUACUGGUGGUCUGGGUCGAAGCAUGGCUAAGUGGAUGUCACAGAAGGGUGCCCGCAACAUUGUACUCGUGUCACGAAGUGCUACAGUCAAUGCGAACGUGCAAGCCCUGAUGGAUGAAUUGGCCCCUAGCGGCACGAACAUCUCCGUCAAGGCUUGCGACGUCAGUACCCGCAAGUCAGUCGACGCUAUGUUGAAGGAUAUGACGGAUAUGCCGCCAAUCCGCGGUGUUGUCCACGGUGCAAUGGUUCUUCGGGAUAUGCUCUUCGAGAACAUGGACCUCGAAGACUUCGAGGCUGUCACUGCCAGCAAGGUCGACGGCGCAUGGAACCUCCACGAUGCACUCACCAAGUCUCCUCUUGACUUCUUCGUGGCGCUGUCCUCCGUUUCCGGUGUCGUCGGUAACCGAGGACAAGCCGCCUACUCAGCCGCCAACGUCUUCCUGGACGGCUUCAUGGAGUGGCGCCGUAGCCAGGGUCUCCCUGGCACAACAAUCGACCUCACUGCCGUGAGCGACGUGGGUUACCUCGCCGAGGUUGACACCAAGCGCAAGCAAGAGGUACUGAAGAACAUCGGCACAGACGGAAUGACCGAGGCGGAAGUGCUGGCACUUCUGGCUGCGGCCAUCACCGGCGAUCUGACCCAGUCAUGCGGCGGGCAAGCCAUUACUGGCUUGGAGUCUAACACCCAUGACCACUUCUGGGAGCAGGACGCCAAGUUCAGUCUCCUGGCCACGGCCAACAAGUCUCAGGCCGGUGGAGAAUCAGCCGAGGUCGCUCUGCCGCUCCAUGUGCAGUUCGCCAACUCCGAGUCUAAGGAGGAGAAGCUGCAAGUUUGUUACAAGGCUUUGGCAGCCAAGCUGGCCCAAGUUCUGGUGCUUUCCCUUGAGGAUAUCGAGCCUACUAUCUCCGUUUCUUCACUUGGUUUGGACUCUUUGGUUGCGAUUGAGAUUCGUAACUGGAUUGCCCGUGAGGCAAAUGCCAAUGUGCAGGUGCUGGAGCUCCUGUCGACUGGUUCGCUGAUGGCACUUGCUGAUGUCAUUGUGACCAAGUCUCAGAAAUAA